AUGUGUAAACAUGGUGCCAGUUAGGAACUUGUGCUGCCGAAGAAGCUUAACUACAUCUGCACACACCGUUUAUAGUGUGAAAUAAAGCCCUGAAAUGCGCUACAUGUUCAGGAUGAAAGCUUAUUUAUAUGGGCGAAAUACACUUCGGAUGUCUGAUGAAAAAGCUCGUUUUUUUUUUAAUAUUUAUAUUUUUUAUUCUACUGCAUGUCGGUGUUGCGGUGUCGCCUCAUCCGCAGGCUUUCAAUUAAACAAGUAGAAGUUCCGCCCGAGCUCUGCGUGUAGAAGUGAGCCUGCAUGGAUCCUGAGAACACCGUGUCCGCAUGGGUGAACGUUUCGUGAUAUAAUGUAAUUCCUAGCCGCCAUGCACAGAGCACCUCAUGACAGAAUAGCGGAAUAAUAUACCGGAGCCAUUUUAUUUCCAGCUGCUGCACACUUGACGCUAACGAGGAAGUAGCGACACACUGUGCCUCGUGUGAACAACAGCUUCCUAACCGAAAGCACGUCCGUGUAUUGCAGACUAGCAGUGAACAAACACAGCACACAAUGGAUGCCAUCGGCGUCUUAGACACCAACCCGCUGGAUGAUUACGAGCUGAUUCACCGCAUCGGGAGCGGAACCUACGGAGAUGUUUUCAAGGCACGUGACAUUAGGACAUCGGUGAUCGCAGCCAUCAAAGUAGUCAAAUUGGAUGCCGGAGAUGACAUUUCAAGCAUUCAGCAGGAGAUCACAAUGAUGAAGGACUGCAUGCACAAAAACAUUGUGGCCUAUUUUGGAAGCUACCUCAGAAACAACAAAUUGUGGAUCUGCAUGGAAUUCUGUGGAGGAGGAUCAUUGCAAGACAUCUACCAUGUGACUGGACCCCUAAAAGAGAGACAGAUAGCAUAUGUAUGCAGAGAAACACUACAGGGACUACAUUAUUUACAUUUAAUGGGGAAAAUGCACAGAGAUAUAAAAGGAGCCAACAUUCUUCUGACGGAGAGAGGAGAUGUCAAAUUAGCUGAUUUUGGAGUAGCAGCAGAGAUCAAUGCAUCAAUUGUGAAGAGGAAGUCUUUCAUUGGUACUCCAUACUGGAUGGCUCCAGAGGUGGCAGCGGUAGAGAGAAAAGGUGGCUAUAACCAGUUGUGUGACAUCUGGGCAGUGGGCAUCACAGCCAUAGAGCUAGCAGAACUUCAGCCACCAAUGUUUGAUCUACACCCAAUGAGAGCUUUAAUGCUGAUGUCCAAAAGCAGCUUCCAGCCACCCAAACUGAGGGACAAGACUAAAUGGUCAAGGGAAUUUCACUGUUUUAUAAAGAUGACACUUACAAAAAGUCCUCGAAAGAGGCCAACAGCUGAGAAACUGCUGCAGCAUUCCUUUAUUACUCAACUGUUGACACGGAAUUUGGUCAUAGAGUUGCUGGACACUGCCAACAACCCAGACUAUCAUCACUCACAGACUAUGGACGAGAGUGAUCUUGAAACAUGCAGUAUUUUUCCUGACAAGAUUACAUCAUUAGCAAAACACCUGCCUGUCAGGAAAAGAGUUACUGAAGAGCCAUUUGGCCAUGAAAGGUUUGGACCCAUGCAGAAAGAAAAAGACCCUUGCUCUGAUUCACAGGUAUCCUAUGAUGAUUGGAGCUCUAUUGGGGAUAAAGAGGAAUCACAAGGCUUACUGGAGUGUGUUGAGGAAGCUUUACUUGAGAGGAGCUUAACUAUGAAGAGAGCACCCUCAGCUGAGGACUCACCAACAGAAGAAGACAAAUAUGGCACUGUGAAAAGGGUCCUACAACCACAGGCAGCUAAAAUUCAUUCCCCUGCAAAUAAGGAUAAAACUGCAUCUAACCCCUUUACAAGCACUUCCUCUCUUAUUGGCUCAGAACCCCGCACAGAUGCUAAUCCCCCCCUUGUUAAUGAGUCAACGUUGCUGGUUGGCUCAACAGUAUCUGACCUUUCCCUCCUCAGAGACAUUACCCUCAUCAGUGACUCCUCAUUCUUAGAUGAUUCCUCCAGUCUGGGCUCCCUCUGCACAACUCUAACCAAUGAAAGCUCCAUUGCAAUCGAGCCAGGAGGGAACAGAGGUCACUCUCCUCCUCGGCAGCCACUCUCACCUGAAUGGAGCACGCUAAGAAGAAAAACAGUAGACUCCGUAGAUGAUGUUCAUGGCCUGCCACCUACACCUCAAGUGUAUAUGGGGGCCUGUUUCUCCAAGGUAUUUAAUGGCUGUCCUUUAAAGAUUCACUGUGCCGGUACUUGGGUUUUACCAAAGACCAGAGAUCAAUAUUUAAUUCUGGGUGCAGAGGAGGGCAUUUACACCCUCAACCUCAAUGAGCUUCAUGAGGACACUAUGGAGAAGUUGCUCCCCCAAAGAUGCACCUGGGUAUAUAUCAAUAAUAGUGUUCUAAUGUCUGUCUCAGGGAAGUCCUCACAGCUUACCUCCCACAGUCUGCCUGCACUCUUUGCACACCGUGAAAGCAUGCAACGGUGCCAGGGUCAUCUGUCAAUCAAUGCCCAUCGCUUGAGUACAAGAAUCAGCUCAAGGAAGUAUGCCAUUUCUGUAAAAAUCCCAGACACUAAGGGCUGUAGAAGGUGUAGUGUAGUACGGAAUCCCUAUACGGACAGCAUUUUCUUGUGUGCAGCAGUGCCAAGUGGUCUGGUCCUUCUCUUGUGGUAUGAACCAAUGCAGAAGUUCAUGCAGCUCAAACACAUACCUCUAAAUCUACCUGAUUCUUUGCCAAUCUUUGAGCUUCUGGUGCAGGAGAGUGAGGAGCUUCCACAAUUGUGUGUGGGAGUGCACUGGCGAAAUCACAACCCUGAAAAGACCAGGGAUCAUCUACAAUUCAGUAUCAUCCCCCUCGAUGAUGCACCUAGAUUACACCCAGAUGGUGAGAGUCUUGAUGUGAAACAAGUAUCUCAGUUGGAUAGAGACACAGUUCUCAUAGCUGUGGAUGACACUGUGAAAGCUGUAAAUCUGCAGGGCUUCUCCAGCAAAGGCUUGAUGUCAGAACUCACCUUUGACUUCUCUAUUGAGACCCUUGUGUGCUUGCAGGAUAGUGUUCUUGCCUUCUGGAAACAUGGACUUAAGGGAAAAAGCUUACAAAGUGGCGAGGUAGUGCAGGAGAUCACAGAUGAGUCUCGUAUCUUCAGCGUGUUGGGGACAAAUAAGGAUAUAAUCUUACAAAGCACUCCCACAGAAGAUCCAUCUGCCAUGAGCAACCUGUAUGUCCUCACUGGCCAUGAGAGCAGCUAUUAAUUGCAUCUCAGGAGACUUUAAUUAAUCUACAGUAAUGAAGGCCCUUCUGUCCUUUACAGCAAAUAAAGGGGAAGCCUUCAGACCCCAAAGGUGGAAAACAGAAAGCGCAGGCAGCAUUUCUGUCAACAUGAGAAGUACACCAGGUUCACAAAGAAGCAAGAAGAUGAGGAAAUAAAGGGAAGAUUGAGCUGCAAAAGCUCUGACACAACAGCAAA